AUGAUACUGAUACUCAAAAACAGUCGUUUAUUUAUAUCUUUUUUCAGUUACCGGAAAAGUGCGCAGAAACUGAAAAAAAUGAUAAGGCAUAAGCCAGUAUCUGCUAGGGAACGGGUCAUACGAUACACUGAAUUCGUUAUAAAAUAUGGUCCAUUCGACAACUUUAACACUGCUGGUUCUGAGCUAAACAUUUUCCAGUACUUCCUCGUGGAUGUUUUGCUUAUGAUAGUGCCAUUCGGUUUACUGAUAAUCAGCGAGUCUUGCAUUACACGUAUUCUUUUUAUUUUGUUCGGUUUUUUCGAAAAUCCUCAUUCGACGUUUUUUCGGUGA